AUGGACUCAAGCCUAUCUACCAGCAACGAAGAGGAACACAAAAGACCCCAGACAAGAUCCAAUAAUAUAGAUGAUGAGCAAAGAGUUAUUGAUAAAUCAAGAGAUGAUGAUCAGAGAACUGCCUGGAAUAAAUUGCAUGUGUUAAUUGGCUACUUAGUAUAUAAAGUUAAUGCUGUUAAUAUUGGAACUGUGAAAAAAGAGUUAUUACAACAUAAUAUGAUAAGAGGGAAACAUAUGUUUUGUCGGUUUAUUAUCUCAGCACAACAUUUUUCAACCACCGAUACACAUGUUUAUGCAACUUUAGUUGCUGUCUUAAAUCCUGUACUUCCAGAGAUAGGAAAAUUAGUUUUGGAAAAAUGCGUUAUGGUGUUCCAAGGUAACAUUUUUGGAAAUGAAAUUUUAUAUUCUUUACCUUCUGUAAUGUUUAUUGGACAUUUGAUUAACCAUGGUGUUGCUGAUGAAAAAUUGGCAAUAGAUAUAUUAACAAAUCUCCUUGAACAACAGGAUAUAUUCUCUAUUAAAAUAGCUAUUGUACUUUUGGAAAUAUGUGGUAAAAAAAUAAGUGAAGCCCAUAAAGAUAAUUUGAAUGAAGUAUUUGAUAAUAUGCUCAAUUUUUUCAAUAAUAAACAACUUAACGCAGAGGAAAAAAAUGAUCUGAAACAAAUAUUGAAAUUACAAGAAAACGGAUUUAAGUUUCAACAACUUGACUUAGUACCAGCUAAUGAGUGUCAAAUCACUCAUUUUCAAACUUUAGAGUCAGUUGUAGAUACUGCAUCCGAUAAAAUAAGUUACCAUUAUGAUCCGGAAUUCGAAUUUCAUGAACAAAUGUAUAAGAAUUUUAUAUUAAAAUCUCAAGGAUAUGAUAGUGAAGAAGAAAAUGGAUUGGAAUCUAUAACUGAUUUUAAUAAUCAAUAUGAUGGUGAAAAAGAAUUAAUCAAAGUAAUGAAACAUAUUAAUGACAUAGAAAAAGACACACACAUGCUAUCAUUAAGAAAGGUGUGUCUACGAAAGUUGAUAAGCUUAACAUACUUGAUGACGGAUUAUACGGAGUUUGUACAACAAAUUGUAAAAUAUUGUCAAAUUGCCAUGGACUUAUUUAAUAUGAUCAUUGACUGUUGCUGUGAGCAUUCAACAUAUAAAAAUCAUUUUGGAAAUCUAACAAAAGAGUUUACUGAAACUGAUGAAAGGUUUGCCGAUAUGGUAGAAAUUGCAUUCAUUUACUGCUAUGUAACUAGUGAUAAGUUUGAUUCACACAGAACACAAAUUGUUUCUAGUUACUUUGUUCAUUUAUUGCAAUUGGGUUUAAUACCUUCCAAGUUGUUAUCAUUACUGGGAGAAAAAGUUUAUGCUAACACUGAUGACUAUUCUACCAUAAUAUUUCAAAAACAUAGUGAAUAA